GUUAUUUUUCCCAUCUCACUCUUGCCGAAAUUUCAAUGACAAGCGUGAACGACCCGCCGCCGACUUACACUGAGACCUCGCCGCCGGCCAUGCCGGGGUGGACUGAAGGCACCGGAGCAGCGGGACCCAGCACCCAGGCAGGAGUGGGCGCUCCACCAGCAUACGAGGCGCCGUUCUCAGCCUAUCCUGCGCCAUCUGACACUCGCAGCAGCCAGGCCGCUGCUGCAGCAGGUGCCCCUCCGCUGUUUGAGGCGGCAACUCAAACGCCUCACACUCCCACCUCGUCGGCGUUUGUCGCGCCGACCAACCAUCCGCUGCUCUUCCGCCUCGCCGAGCGCUUCCGGAUUCCCAUUCUGUACAAGCGAACGGUGCACUUGACAGUGCUCGCUCUGAACAAUCUGCCGCUCAAGCGAAAUGGCAAGCAGUUCUUCCCAGUCGUUGAGAUUUUCCGCGUCGAGCCUGGAGGCACGCGAUCGCUGUUCAAGUCUGGUGUGCUUGUCAAGGCUCGAUCUCUGGCCGUCAACAUCACCGUCAACUUUUCGUUGGACGCUGCACCCGCCGCCUCAGACCCAACAGGGCAGGCGACGUGCCUGGAAAUCCAUGUUCGAGGCCACCGUGACAUCCUGAUGGAUUCAACCCUUUCCAUUCUCAAGCUGAGCUACGCCGAAUUGGUUCAAAACCCUGCCGCGCGCGUUGAUCUCGCGUACGGGCCGCUGCAGUUCCCCCUGCCCAAGCCUCCGGCGAUGAGCGCAGCCGAGUCACGGCCCCAAGCAGAGCAAUCAGCCAUCACGCUCAAGUGGAUGGUGGCGACCCCGGCAGCCCAGGACAUUCGGUUUGAAGGCGAGUUUGUCGGCUUUUAUGCGGCCGGCAACAAGAUGCUUUCUGGGAUGCAGCCCUCGAACGGAAAUUUCAUCAUCCGCGUGAACAACUUGCCGGUGUUUGUCUUCCAUGGAGACAAUAGCGCAGAUUGCUCAAACAUUGUCAUGUCCACCGCUGCUCGAGAUGGCAUUCCGAGCUCUCCCUUGUUGCGCCUGGUACGAACGACGCCCGUGACGCGGGAUGCCAGUUGGACGAUUCAAGACAUGAGUUCCGUCCCAAUCGCUCGCGUGUCGCUGCUCUACUCGCGCAUCGACUAUAUGGGUGGCGGUGCCGUGCAAGAAGUGACGACGGAUGGGCCCGUCGCCAACAUUUACGAGGCGCUCCUGUCGUGGCCAAACGCGAUUGUGUACCGCAGGCUCCUUCGGUACCUGCCGCCCCCUCCUCCUCCGCCCCAGCCGGCUGAGGGUCAAGCAGCGCCUCAGGUCUUCUAUCCGCCACCAACGAAUGCAGGAACGGUGACCUAUCCCGUGGAAAGCAAGUUCUCGGCGACCUUUGCUUGGAACGAAGACUGCGUUCAACUUUUGGCGCAGACCGUGGCGCUGUGCGUGGCGCGGAACAGCGUGCGCUCGAUGGAACGGACGAUUGUUGGUUCUUCGAUCGCGCCCCUGAUGUAGUUUGUGGCGGGGGAGAGGUGCGUCAUUUGUAGUACUUGUACAGUAUAUUUUCUCCAACUUGGACUGCGCGAUCAACGACCUCAAUAUCGUCCAUUUCAU